UGAACAUCUUCAAGCGAAACAAAGGCAAGAAAGCGCCCCCAAAGUCCCUAGAACAAGAUCGCUCGCUCGACGACGAAGAUGAUGACACGGUCGAGGAGAACAAGGAAGCGCCAAGCUCCAAGAAGGCCCUGAUGAAACAGUACCUCAAGCAAGCACAGUCCUGGACGGCCAAAGAAGCGAACGAGGCGAAGAAAGAACUGCAAAAGGCCGCAGGUCUGGGCGCUCGACCGGAUGUUGUUCCCGAAGGCGAAGCGCUCGUCAGUGGCGAGCCGAGGACGGUAGAGAUCGGUUGGCACCCCGUAGCAGGCGCCACGGGAAAGUGGUUCGCCGAGAAGACGAUCAUCGGGAAACAAAUCUCCCAGAAGAUUGGCAACUACCCCGAUCCGACACAGCACUGGGCAGUCAUUGUGGGCGACUAUGUACAUCAGCUGUGGAUGGACGAGAAUCUCGACAUCAUUUACAUCAACGAGACGCUGAAACGAGACGAAUGGCACAUCUUCGAAGUGGGAAAGACAAGAUUCAACGACCAAGCCGUACGCGAAGCCAGCCGUAUGACCAUUCAUAACAUGCGCACAAAACGUCCCGCAUACAACCUCAUUAGCAACAACUGCCAGAACUUCGCCGUCGAGCUCCUCAAGGCCAUUCAAGUAGGCGCGCAUCGAGAGUUCGGCACCACCUUUGCCAUUUACCAGCGUGCGACGGGAAAAGGCGCCAUUAUGGAUUUAUUCGCCGAGAAACCCGAUGCAGAUCCGCCUGAGUUACAGGACGAUGAGGCCGAAAUUCCGCCAGUGAAACGACAGGAUACGUUGAGUUUUGCGCAGCAGGUGAUGAAUGAUAACACGACGCAGUUGGAUCGUCACGGAGAGCCGCAGAAAAAGUGAAAUUCCUUGACACCUAAAAGAUGCGCGAGAGAAAAAUAAAUGGAAAGAUAGCCCCCUUGCCCUAUGUGUUUGUCGUCGAAAGGACUGAAGCGUGCCUGAUUCAUUGUAUUAGGUAUCGGAAUAAUCUUGACAUACAAGUGUCACUCGCUCGCG